AUGAUGCCAUUUUUGACCGAACAAAUUCUUCAGAACGCCAUCAUGAUGCAGCGCAUGGUGUUGCAGCAAUUGAAUUCGCAGUCUCGUGCAAUGGACCUCACGAUGAAUUCAAACUAUGGCUACCCCGAGUACCAGGACCCAUCACCAACGGUUUCGCCAUUUACCUACCCGUACCAGCUGCAUGAGUACCAGCCACCAACAUGGCACAUUCCUGAACGACAAACACCACCUCCACCACCACCAGCACCAGCCACACAACUACCAAGCGAGCCGAUUUUCGACGAGAACACGGUGGAGAUGAUGGAAAUCCCUAGGACUAACAGGGAUGGAGGAGCAGCUGCAGCCGUGGUUGCUGCGGACAAUGGUGAAAGCAGUGAAGAAGAGGCUGGGAUGGUUGUGGACGACAGCAUCGAGGUCAUCAGCGAUGACGAAAGUGUGGUCAAUCUUGUCGACGAUGAAACUGAUGAUAGUGGUGAUGAAGCCAAUGAUGACGUAGUGUAUGUCCGCUCUUAUUAUCGAGCAAACGAGGCGGCUGACGGUUUAUUACAACUGUCAAAUCGACGAUCUUCACCGCAAUCACCUCCACAAACACCUCUACGAGCAUCACCACCAUCACCACGAUCGUUGCCGUUGCCUAAUGGGUUUGAUGCCGCACCGAUGCAAUCGCCAAGAACUCCGGACACCACUCGACGACCACCAACACCACGAUUUCGAGGAUUUCCACGCUUAUCGCAUUCCAUCGCUCGUUUAGAAGGAUUGCGACGUGAGCAAGAGUCGCAGCGGCGUGAACGAGAGCGCGAGGAGGAGCAGGAACGUCAACGACAACGUCAGCAAGCCCGGGAGCGUGAAAUUCAACGUGGUCGUCCCCUUUGCGCUAUUUGCAAGGAAGAUCUAUUGGCGAAUUCCCCAAUGGUUCUUCCUUGCAACCAUGUUUAUUGCAGCGACUGUCUGGAGCAAAUGUUCCAGCAUCAACCGUCGUGCCCCGUUUGUCGCACGGGUGUUCCAUCGAUUGAAUGGUGCGACCCAAUUUAUUUUCCAUGA